AUGAAUUCAGGAGUAGCUUAUAAAGUUGUUUCUAACAUUCCACAAGAUUUAUCAUCUGAAACUAAAAAGAUUGGUACACAUAGUGGAUCAUUUCAUUGUGAUGAAUCAUUAGCAAUUGGAUUAUUAAGUUUAUUAAAAGAAUAUCAAGAUGGUAUUGUUAUUCGUACAAGAGAUGAAACAAUUCUUUCACAAUGUGAUAUUAUAGUUGAUGUUGGAGCUAUUUAUGAUGCACAAAAACAUCGUUAUGAUCAUCAUCAAGCAUCAUUUAAAGAUACAUUUGAUAAUGAUAAAUUUAAUAAGAUUAGAUUAUCAAGUGCUGGUUUAAUUUAUAAACAUUUUGGAAGACAAAUUAUUGAAGAAUUAGUUGGUGAAAAGGCAACAAUUGAUCAAAAAGAUGAUAUUUAUUUAAGAAUGUAUGCUAAUUUUAUUGAACAUAUUGAUGCCAAUGAUAAUGGUAUUGAAGUUUCAGAUGGAGAAUUGAAAUAUAAAAUUACAACAACACUUCCAAAUCGUGUUUCAAGAUUUAAUCCAAAAUGGAAUCAACCAUCAACAGAUGAAAGUUUAAAUUUAGGAUUUUCUAAAGCAAUUGAAUUAACACGUUCUGAAUUUUUAGAAAGUUUAUCUUUCUAUGUUGAUGAUUGGCUUCCUGCUUAUCAAAUUGUUGAAAGAGCUUUUAAUAGUAGAUUUCAAGUUGAUUCAUCAGGUGAAAUUGUAUUAUUUGAUCAAUUUUGUCCAUGGAAAGCUCAUUUAUAUGUUUUAGAAGAAAAGACAAAUUCAAUUGGAUCAAUUAAAUUUGCUCUUUUCCAAGAUGUUAAAGGUGAUUGGAGAGUUCAAGCUGUUCCACAAUCUGAAUCUUCAUUUACAUCACGUGUUCCACUUCAUAAGGAUUGGAGAGGUAUUAGAGAUGAAGAAUUAAGUCAAAAAUCUGGAAUUCCUGGUUGUAUUUUUGUACAUGCUUCUGGUUUCAUUGGUGGUGCAAAGUCUUAUGAAAGUGCUUUACAAUUGGCAAAACUUUCAUUAGAAAGUUCAGUUGAAGAACCAGAACUUAAAAAAUCAAAACAAGAAUAAACUUGUUUGAUGUUACUAUUGACAUUUCAUUC